AUGUCAUUAAACCUCCUCCUCUGUUCCGAACCCACCGACUCCAACUUUGGACGACGCGACUAUUGGAAUGAGGUAUACCAAAAGGAAUCCAAUUAUUCUUGGUAUGCGGGCUGGGAGGAGCUGGAGCCCUUUUGCAAUGAAUUCUUUGAAAUGGACUAUCGAAUACUGAUCCCAGGUGUCGGAAACGAUGCCGCUUUGGUCGGCAUGUACGAUGCAGGGUAUCACCAUUUGACGGCCAUGGAUUAUGCUCCAGAAGGAAUUGAGCGGUGUCGAGACAUGCUGGGAUCCCAACGAAUACUACAAUCAUCGGAGGAAGAAAAAGAUGACGAUGAUGGAGUAAAGUUGUUGGUAGCCGAUGCCCGUGACUUGAAAGGAGUACUGCAAGAUGAUUCGUUCGAUGGAAUAUUGGAGAAGGGGACCUUGGAUGCAAUUUUCUUGAGUGGUGGAAAGGACAAGGAAGAAGCAAACAAGAACAUGGAGCUUGCCAUUGAGGAACUUACGCGGUGUUUGAGGCCUGGUGGGAUCUUCAUGAGCAUUACGGCGGUUGUAGUGGGACAAAUCCAAGCUGCUUUUGACAGUCGGCAAGAUCAAUGGGAGUGUAUAGUCGAUGAAGAUAGCAUUUAUACGACGGAAGACGGAUUCACCAGCAACAAUAUUGAUGGCAACAUGCUAGUAUGGAAGAAACGAAUAACUGAGAAAAGCUAA